AUGUCAGAUAAUCAAGAACCAAUCUUGGCGAAGGAGGAGAAUGUAACAGGCAUUCCAUCACCACUCUUGAAGCUCAAAAGCUGGCAAUGGUGGCUUCUUGUCUCCAUCAACAUCUUCUUCCUCAUCGGUGGUCAAGCUGCUUCAGUCCUCCUCGGUAGGUUCUACUACGACGAAGGUGGAAACAGCAAAUGGAUGGCCACUCUUGUUCAAACCGGUGCGUUUCCUAUCCUCUACAUCCCUCUUCUGCUCCUUCCUUCUUCUUCCUCUGCUAACGCAGCAGAGCCUUCUUCUUCUUCUUCUUGCUCGCUCAAAACCAUCGUCUUGAUCUACGUCCUCCUCGGCGUCAUCAUCGCUGGAGACAACAUGUUGUACUCCGUUGGACUUCUCUACCUCUCCGCGUCGACUUACUCGCUCAUCUGCGCGACUCAGCUAGCCUUCAACGCCGUCUUCUCUUACUUCAUCAAUGCUCAGAAGUUCACUGCUCUGAUUCUCAACUCCGUUGUUUUCCUCUCUUUCUCUGCUGCUCUGAUUGCUCUCAACGACGACGCGGACGCUCCUUCCGGCGUCUCUAGCUCCAAAUACAUCGUCGGGUUCGUCUGUACGCUCGCUGCAUCCGCGCUCUACUCUCUGUUACUCUCUCUCAUGCAGUUCUCGUUCGAGAAGAUCUUGAAGAGAGAGACGUUCUCAGUGGUUCUUGAAAUGCAGAUCUACACUUCUUUGGUGGCGACUUGUGUUGCGGUGAUCGGGCUUUUCGCUAGCGGGGAAUGGAGAACGCUGCACGGUGAAAUGGUUGGGUAUCACAAAGGUCGAGCCUCGUAUGUAUUGACUUUAGUUGGUACUGCAGUUACUUGGCAAGUGUGUUCCGUUGGAGUUGUUGGUUUGAUAUUUCUGGUGUCGUCACUCUUCUCGAAUGUGAUAAGUACUCUGUCUUUGGCCGUGACUCCGCUCGCGGCUUUGGCUGUGUUCAGGGAUAAGAUGAGCGGCGUUAAGAUUAUGUCGAUGCUUAUUGCGCUUUGGGGUUUCGCUUCUUAUGUCUACCAGAAUUAUCUUGAUGAUUUGAAGGUUAGACGAGCUCGGCAACAGGCUCAAGCGGGGCGGGUCUGA